AUGAGGUUGCCGUUCAGACGCACCAUGGAUCGAUUAGAUGCAACAGACUCUGGUCUUAUUGAAGAAAGCGUAACAGGCGUACAUGCGAACAAAACCAUUUCACUCAUAUCUACUUCUCAUCAUUCUUUCUUUCUUCCUUUUUUCUUCCUGUCUUUCUUUCUUUUUUCUUUCUUUCUUUCUUUCUUUUUUUCAGUGCUUCACUCAAUGCAUGUCUCUUUUCCUUUCUUUCUUUCUUUUUUCUUUCUCUCUUUCUUUCUUUCUUUCUGUCUUUAUUUCUUUUCAUUAUCGUCUAUCCAUUUUUUCUUCAUUUUCUAUUUCCUUUUCUUUUUUACUGACAUCCUAUCUCUCUCUGUUUCUUUCGCUUUAUGUUCCUUUAUUUCCUUUCCUUCUUUUCUCGUUCUUUCUUUUCUUUUCUUUUCUUUUUUACUGCCAUCAUAUUUCUUUCCAUUUCUUUGUUUCUUUAUUUCUAUUUCUUUGUUUCAUUUACCUUUCUUUCUUUUCUCUUUCCUUUUAAUCUCAGCAUAUUUCUUUCCCUUUUUCUUUUUUCUUUCUUUCUUUCUUUCUUUCUUUCUUCUUACUUCUUUUCAUUAUCUAUCUAUCUAUCUAUCUAUCUAUCACAUACUGUUAAUUAUUUAUCUAUCUAAAAGUCCGUCCAUUCGUUUUCUAAUAUUUUCUCUUCUUGAAUUAGCUUCUUCCUCUGUUUCAUUUUUUGUCUUCUUGCGCUGCACUCUCUCUUUUUUUCUCUCUCUCUCUCUUCCUACUAACCUCUUCUUUUCUCCCAUUAGUUCACCUCUGAUACUCGAUCUAUCUAAUCUCUGCUCAUAUCUAUCUAUCUAUCUAUCUAUCUAUCUAUCUAUCUCUGUUCAUAUCUAUCUAUCUAUAUAUCUAUCUCAAUUUGCUCAUUUUCUAUCUCAGUUUGCUAAUAUUCUAUCUAUCUAUAUAUCUAUAUAA